CGAAGGGAAACCAGCCGCCUACGACCUGCUGGGGCCUGCGAACUCCAGCAUGUGGGUGGGCUCUGAGCCUCACCGGUGCCCGGCUCCCGUGGGCCUGCGCGCCGGCGCCUCGAGGUGGGGAGGGCUGAGAAAGGAGACCACCCCAAGAGCUCAGAGUGGACUGGGGGACGCUCCUCCUCGUCCGGGCUCGCAGCCCUUUUGUCCGGUAAAUUCCACCCUGUCGCUUUAAGGUGCUCCGGCCCCAACGCUUUGGAAAGCCCGAUGCAGGGCUCUGAUUGGGCUGGACGUCAUCGUGACGUUACUCCGGGUACAAAUGGGCCCCGGUGGCGGGCGCCGGGGCAGAGCGUCUAAGGUGCGUUACGGCGUCUGUCGGCGUGAGGAGAAAAGCUUGAGCAAGCUCCUAGUCUGAAGUGCACCUGCUCAGCAGGGAAGUCCCCGCCGUCGAGUCGCUAUGGAGGUGCAAAAGGAGGCGCAACGCAUUAUGACCCUGUCGGUGUGGAAGAUGUACCAUUCGCGCAUGCAGCGCGGAGGGCUGCGGCUGCACCGGAGCCUGCAGCUGUCGCUGAUCAUGCGUAGCGCGCGGGAGCUUUACCUCUCGGCCAAGGUGGAAGCCCACGAGCAGCCCGAGGUGCCCUCGCCGCCCGCCCGCUGCCCUGACCCUCGCCUGCACCCACCGCGGGAAGCGCAACCCGCAGCGAAGGCAGCGUCACCCGACGGUGAGCAGCCCUGCCCGGAGCCCAUGGACACUCAGGAGGCGCCGAAAGCCGAGGAGACCCCUGCCCACUCUGCCCCUCGACCCGCCAAAGUCAGCCGCAAGCGGCGGAGCAGCAGCCUCAGUGACGGCGGGGAUGCCGGACUGGUCCCGAGCAAGAAAGCCCGUCUAGAAAAGGAGGACGCGGAGGAAGGGGAGUCUUCGGAGGUCCCGGAUCGCUUGCAGGCCCCUCCGGCGCAAGCGGAAGGCGCCUUCCCCAACCUGGCGCGUGUCCUACAGAGGCGCUUCUCUGGCCUCCUGAACUGCAGCCCCUCCGCGCCCCCGACGGCGCCGCCGCCGCCCGCAUGCGAGGCGAAGCCGGUCUGCCGCUCGGCGGACAGCAUGCUGAACAUGCUCGUUCGCGCCGUGGUGGCCUUCUGAGGGCCCUCGAGCUGCGCUGCCGGAGCCCAGAGCGCGGGCCGAACCGUCGGCCCGAGUACACAGACCCGAAGCCAGGCCACCCCCGCGGGAAGGCCGCGGAAACGGCGGAGAGGAGCCGCGGCCCGGGCUGCUGAGAGGCCCGGAGAGGGACUCUUCCCGGGGAGCUGUCGCCACCCGCGUUCCUCCGCAGCGCCGAGGAACCUGAGCCUGGGGCUCGGGCACUUUCCUCCGAGACUUGCCGCUCCCACAGGUGCUGUGUUAACCAACGGGGACGUGGCCUUUCCGUCUCCUGGGACUGGGUGAGGGAGGUUUGGUUCCCGAAAUUCCUCAGGGUCGGACUUUAUUUUUUACUGGGGGCUGUGCUGCCCUUUCAAGGUUUUUCAAUAGUUGGUGUUCGUGUUCCCAACUCAGCAUUCCAGGCACUCUUCUUUCCCCUCCAGUGACAUACUUAUGCAAGCGGUCAUCGUUGCGUCACGGGGCAGACGUGGGGAGCUUCCUGUUGCCUAGCGUGGGUGUGGAGCCUGGGAGGAGGGCUGCCUGACUCACUUCGCCCCCGCGUGCUUCUCCCUCUGCCUUCGGUCCGGGGGAAGCUGAUCUAAUUUCAGGUUAAAUUUUUUCUCAUUUGGUGAGUUCGAGGUGGGGAUAUGUUCACAAUCUCAAGCAUGACCCUCCCUCAGGCGUAGACAAUCAACCCAGAAGAUCUUGGACUGAAUCACAAAAUGGGGCAGAGUGGUGUUCAGAGCUCUGUAAGGAGAAGCUAGGACCAGUUUGGGGAGGGGGAGAUUCUAGCCAGUGCAUUUUGAGGGUCUAUUUACUCUGGUGGGUUCUGUUUAAUUCCGUCUAUCUGGCCUUUUGCUAGAGAUGCCAGAUAUGAAAAUAAAGACCAUUUGAAUAAAAA